AUGCUAGCGCUGACCAAAGACCUGCGGAACAUCCCGGACCUAGGCUACGCCCUGUACGCAGACAUCACGCUCUGGGCCACUAAGGGCUGCCUCGCGCGAAAAGAGGUGACCCUUCAGGAGGCUGCGACAGCUGUGGAGAGAUUUGCGGCAUCGAGCGGGAUGCGUUGCGCGACCGAGAAGUCCGAGGUGAUCCCCCUGAUGGAACUCCAUGGAUGCCUACUGACGCGGCACGAGUUUGCAGCAAUCAUUUUGUGCCAGCGGCGCCUGAUUCAGGCAGCUUCAUCUAGGCUAGACAGUAUAAAAAAGAGACGGUUGCCACAAACCACCACAGAGGCAGUGCCAACAGCACCUACACUUGAAGUUUCAGUCAGUGCAGACAGGACCCAAGAGGAACAUGAGCACCAAAUGGACUGCAGUGACAAAUUUGAAGAUGAUGGGAUGCUAACAAGUGACACGGAUGAUCUGAAGUCUCCGACUGCAGGAGGCCUUUCACUAGUAACAAAGGCUGAUGUAGCAUGCCAAACAGAGUCUCCAGCCACUGGGAAGCUUACUAUCUUUCUCUCAAUGACGAAUUGUGAUGAAGCAUCUACUCAAGUUACUCACACCGAGCAGACUGACCAGGUCACUGGGACGGAUGGAAGUUGGCGAAGAAGCUGUAGUUUUCAUGGCUUUAAUUCACUGCAAGGAAAUGAAGAAGCACUACAAGAUAUGUGUGGUGUGACACUCCCAGUAUUCAGCCUGUUGUUGAACCUGCUACCUACCUCUAGGUACAAGAGCACAGAUGUCACACGGGAAGAUAAGUUAUGUUUGUUCCUAGCUAAACUUCGCCUUGGGAUAACAUACAGCGCCUUGGCAGUUAUAUUCGGAGUGAGUGCGACAACUGCAUCAAACAUCUUCAAGAAAAUACUCGAGAUCUUGAGUGUGGUGCUGCAGGAAUGGGUCUACGUGCCACCAAGAGAAGUCAUCAAGCUGUCCAUGCCACCUGCAUUUAAAGUAAACUACCCUAACUGCAGUUUCAUCAUAGACUGCAGUGAAAUCCGUACAGAGAUGCCGUCAAAACCAGAUUGCCAGCAUGUUUUAUAUUCCAACUACAAGGCAGGCUACACCGUAAAGUUUCUUGUAGGCAUCAUCCCCAAUGGAAUGAUAACCUUUGUGUCUAAGGUGUAUGGCGGGCGGCAUACUGACUCCUUCAUCACGCAAGACUCUGGAUUCCUAGAGCUCAUCAAACCUGGUGAUCUCGUCCUAAGUGACAAAGGGUUUCCUAGCAUUAGGACAAACGUAGAAGGAAAAGGUGGAGUUCUACUCAUGCCCCCAUUUAAUUCUGGGGGUCAGAUGUCUGAAGAGGCCAUGGACAGUACUUACAAAAUUGCAGCUGUACGCAUUCACGUUGAGCGCGUCAUUCAGAGGUUAAAAAUUUACAAGAUCUUAUCCAACAGACUACCUCUAAGCUUGGUCCCCCACAUGAGCAAAGUGCUUUCUGUUUGCGCUGCCCUUGUCAACAUGCAGCCGCCUAUUGUAAAGAAAUGAAACACUUAGCCUCACCUCACUCGAUGGUUACCUUCUAGAGAUUGUGCUGUGAUUCAGC